UCGAUUUCUCCAUUGUGCUGUGCUCAUCAUACUAGACCGGCCACAAUCGAGCAAGAUGAUACGAAGGCUGCCAACUCUGGCUCUCUGUGCCGUGCUUUUAGGAGCCGCUUCGGCAUUGAUAAGGGUGCCACUGCAUAAAAUGAAAAGCAUCCGGGAGCAGUACCGAGAGCUCGGCUGGCCACUCAACGUUAGUCGCGAUUGGUCCAUCAAUGACGCGAACGGACCCAUUCCGGAGCCCCUCAAGAACUAUCUCGACGUCCAGUACUACGGCAACAUCACACUUGGCAGCCCUCCUCAAGUCUUCGCGGUCCUCUUCGACACAGGCUCGUCAAACCUCUGGGUGCCCUCCAGCAAGUGUCCAGCGAGCACUGCUGCUUGUCGUGUGCACCACAAGUAUUACAGCAAUGAGUCGAGCACAUAUGUCAAGAAUGGAACCCACUUCGAGAUCGAGUACGGGAGUGGUAGCGUGAAGGGCGAAUUGAGCUCGGACACCUUCAGCUUGGGCAAAGUUGGCGUCAAGGGCCAGACGUUCGCCGAAAUUACAGACGAGGACAGCGAAAGCUUCGUCGUGGCAAAGUUCGACGGCGUCUUGGGCCUGGGCUACCCACAGGCCGCAGUUCUCGGUGUACAGCCCGUAUUCGACAGCAUGCUGGAGCAAGGCGUGGUCGAGAAGCCCGUGUUUGCCUUCUAUCUGGACCGCAACAUCGCAGACCCCAACGGAGGUGAAGUAGUGUUCGGAGGAAUCGACGAGGCGCACUACAAGGGAGACAUCACCUAUCUGCCAGUGACGAAGAAGGGUUACUGGCAGUUCAACAUGGACGGAGUGAGUGUGUCUGACAAGGCCACCUUCUGCGAGGGGGGCUGCCAAGCAGUCGCCGACACUGGCACAUCAAUGCUCGUCGCUCCCUCGGAAGACGUCAAGAAGAUUAACGAACUUCUAGGGGCUAAGGAAGCCUCACCAGGACAGUAUCUCGUGGACUGCGAAUCUCUCCCUUCAUUACCCAAGAUAACAUUUCACCUAAACAAGCGAGAGUUUGUGCUCAGCCCGGACGACUAUGUUUUGAAGGUGACGCAAGAAGGAACCACCUUUUGCCUGAGCGGCUUCAUUCCCAUGGACUUUCCACCGGAGAUGGGGCCACUGUGGAUACUGGGAGACAUGUUCAUAGGCCGCUACUACACCAUCUUCGACAGGGGCAACGACCGAGUUGGCUUCGCCGAGGCCCGCUAGUCAGCAUCUAUGCAGCGGAGAAAGCAUGGCUUUGCCGUUCUUUAUACAAAGGCUCCUAAGGCCCACCUUCUAAAUCGGGCUGUUUCUCACGCUGCCACACCCUAGACGUUAUCACAGACCAGCAUCCUCAUUCAACCUCCGAAUGUUCCAUCGUAGUCCAUCCCUUGUCUGGUUCGCGAAGUGUGCCGUAGGAGCAGUUCCAAAUAAAUGCCAUCAUCAUA